AUGUCUAUCUCGGUGAAAUUGGUAGCGGCAGAAUCUCUUUAUAAGAGAGAUGUAUUUAGAUCGCCGGAUCCCUUUGCAGUAUUGACAGUUGAUGGAUACCAAACAAAAUCAACAACUGCAGCUAAAAAGACAUUGAACCCUUAUUGGAAUGAAACAUUCAAAUUUAACGAUAUUAAUGAAAAUUCUGUUCUAACUAUCCAAGUAUUUGAUCAAAAAAAAUUUAAGAAAAAAGAUCAAGGUUUUUUAGGUGUUGUUAAUAUCAAAAUUAAUGAUAUUUUAGGGGAUAUUAACGACACUCAUAGUGGUAAAGAAGAAACUAUUACUAGGGAUUUGAAAAGAUCAAAUGAUAAUUUAGCUGUUAGUGGGAGAUUGAUUGUUGUAAUGUCAAGAGUUACUGAUACAAUUGCCAACACAACAAAUAAUUCUCGUACGCACAGAUCAUCAAGAGCAAGUUCAACAACAAAUAAUAAUCAUGUUGCUGCCACUACUACAGCUGCUCAAUCGGUUGAGAAUACAUUACAGAGUGGUGCUUCAACAUCAGGUGCAGGUGCAGGUGCAGGUGCAACAACAUCCAAUACUUCAGGCUCUGGUACUACAUCUUCUUCAAACAAUAACAAUAAUAGUAGUGCAUCUAAUAGUAGACAAUAUUCUUCAUUUGAAGAUCAAUAUGGUCGUUUACCUGCAGGUUGGGAAAGAAGAACAGAUAACUUUGGUAGGACUUAUUACGUUGAUCAUAAUACACGUACAACGACGUGGAAACGUCCAACUGUUGGACAAACUGAUGAUGAAAGAAAUGCAAAUACAGAAUUAGAAAGAAGACAACAUAGGGGUAGAACUUUACCAGGUUCAAGCUCGACUAAUGGAUCAGAAAAUAAUGUUAGUGUUCAAGUCAAUAAUAAUAGUGCAACACCUGCUGUAAAUGGUGCUGUGGCGUCAGCUUUUGCUGCAUCAGGUUCAACAACAUCAGGUUUAGGUGAAUUACCUUCAGGUUGGGAACAAAGAUUCACACCUGAAGGUCGUGCUUAUUUUGUUGAUCAUAACACAAGGACAACUACAUGGGUUGAUCCAAGAAGACAACAAUACAUUCGUACUUAUGGUCCAACAAAUACAACUAUUCAACAACAACCUGUAUCACAAUUAGGUCCUUUACCAUCCGGUUGGGAAAUGAGAUUAACAAAUACUGCAAGAGUAUAUUUUGUUGACCAUAAUACAAAGACAACAACUUGGGAUGAUCCAAGAUUACCUUCAUCAUUAGAUCAAAAUGUUCCACAAUAUAAGAGAGAUUUUAGACGUAAAGUAAUUUAUUUUAGAUCGCAACCCGCUUUAAGAAUUUUACCAGGUCAAUGUCAUAUUAAAGUUCGUAGAAAGAAUAUCUUUGAAGAUGCAUAUCAAGAAAUAAUGAGACAAACACCAGAAGAUUUAAAGAAAAGAUUAAUGAUUAAAUUUGAUGGUGAAGAAGGUUUAGAUUAUGGUGGUGUGUCUCGUGAAUUUUUCUUUUUAUUAUCUCAUGAAAUGUUUAAUCCAUUUUAUUGUUUAUUUGAAUAUUCAGCUCAUGAUAAUUACACUAUUCAAAUUAAUCCAAAUUCUGGUAUUAACCCUGAACAUUUGAAUUAUUUCAAAUUCAUUGGUAGAGUUGUUGGUUUAGGUGUAUUCCAUAGAAGAUUCCUAGAUGCUUUCUUUGUUGGUGCAUUAUAUAAAAUGAUGUUAAGAAAGAAAGUUAUGUUACAAGAUAUGGAAGGUGUUGAUGCUGAAGUCUAUAAUUCUUUGAAUUGGAUGCUUGAGAAUAGUAUCGAUGGUGUUCUUGAUCUCACGUUUAGUGCUGAUGAUGAAAGAUUCGGUGAAGUGGUUACAGUAGAUUUAAAACCAAAUGGACGUAAUAUUGAAGUUACAGAUGAAAAUAAGAAAGAAUACGUCGAAUUAUUUAGUCAAUGGAAAAUUGUUGAUAGAGUACAAGAACAAUUGAAGGCAUUCAUGGAUGGUUUCAAUGAAUUAAUUCCAGAAGAUCUUGUUACAGUAUUUGAUGAAAGAGAAUUAGAAUUAUUAAUCGGGGGUAUUGCAGAAAUUGAUAUUGAAGAUUGGAAAAAACAUACAGAUUAUAGAGGUUAUCAAGAAUCUGAUGAUGCAAUUCAAUGGUUUUGGAAAACUGUUAGUGAAUGGGAUAAUGAACAAAGAGCAAGAUUAUUACAAUUUACUACAGGUACAUCAAGAAUUCCAGUUAAUGGGUUUAAAGAUUUACAAGGGUCUGAUGGUCCAAGAAGAUUCACUAUUGAAAAAGCUGGUGAGAUUCAACAAUUACCAAAAUCACAUACUUGUUUCAAUAGAGUUGAUUUACCGCCAUAUACUGAUGCAGAAGCUUUGAAACAAAAACUAACCUUGGCCGUUGAAGAAACUAUUGGUUUUGGUCAAGAAUGA